AUGUCGUUACUUAAUUUCUUAAAAAUAUUCCUUUUUCUAAAAGUGGUUUCCACAAAUCCUCAAGAACUUCCAAGUCAACUGUCUUUGGAGCUUAAAUAUAGGACUCAUAUAUACUUUGGCUAUUCAAUUGAGAGCUUUGAUCAAUUUGAUUUAAAGAGUGAACAUCCAAAACUACUGGUCCACAAAAACAUCAGCGAAGAGUUUCAAAUCUUUCACGAUGAGCCUGUGAUUAUUAUAACAAUUCUGGAGCCUGAUUUGGACUAUAAUCUGGAAAUCGUAGAAGUGCUCAGAUCCUAUCUAAAGGAUAGGCAAUAUAAUGAUAUCCUACUUAUAGACAAAAGUGAAAAAAGUGACAAGAGUUACAUGGAGAUUUUCAAAACCUAUUGGAAGGCAGGUUUCCCUCACGUGUUGAUUUCUGAUUUUCAAGAACAACUUUGGUCUCUACAACCUUAUCCUUAUUUUGAAGUUAGAAAAACCAACUUAAAAGAGUAUUUGGUAAACCGAGAUAAAGUAAACUUGAAUGGUUAUCCUUUACGAGUUUUGGUGACCAACGAUCCUCCGCACUGUUUUGUGGAUGAACAGGAGCUGCCACACUCCCCGAAUCGCUACAAAGGCAGCAUCAUCACAAUCUUCAAGAUAUUCGCCGAUAAACUUAAUGCCAGCUUUCAGGCAGUGCCCUUUCCAGGACUAAGACGGUACUUUACCGCCGAAUGCGUGGACAUAGUUGCCAAAGACGAAGCCGAGGCCUGUGGCAGCAUCUUCAUAAGGACCUACAAGUAUGCCACCAGUCAGCCAGUUCGCCUGAACCGCGUGGCCAUAAUGGCUCCCUUCGGCAAUCCCAUCGACAAGUUUUACUACUUCUUCCGACCCUUCGACUUCUAUGUGUGGCUGGGCACUGGCCUCAUAGUAGUCUACAUAUCGGUGAUGGGUUCUUUGCUCCACCGUUGGCACUUUGGCAACUGGGAUGUGGGUCAGUACCUCCUGCUGGCGGUGGAGACCCUGCUGUCCCGGGGACUGACCCUUCCCCAGUGUUCCAGCGGCUCGAAACUGAUGCUGUUUCUUCUACUCUUCGCCAUAGGCUUUGUUUUAUCGAAUUUGUAUGUGGCUUUGCUCUCCAUGAUGCUGACCACCAAGUUGUACCAAAGACCCAUUGAAAAUAUAGCCGAUCUGAAGGCAGCCAACGUGAGUAUCCUCCUGCAGCAGCACAACCUCCGACCCAAUUCCAUCUACGGAAGCUCGGAGGAGCUCAGGGAAAGGUUCCUCCUGGUGGAGGAGUCCCUGCACAAAGAGAAGAGAGAUGGCUUGGAUCCCAGUUACGCCUACGUGGACUCCGAGGACCGCAUGGACUUUUAUUUGUACCAACAGAAGUUCUUGCGCCGUCGAAGAAUGAAGAAACUACCUAAUCCUGUGGGCCACACCUGGGCCGUCCAAGUCAUUAAACAGAAUUGGGUUUUGGAGAAAUACUAUAAUGAGCACAUACAACGAUUAUUCGAGACUGGUCUGCAAAAUAAAUUAGUGGACGAUGUCCACGAGUUGGCCAUUAGAGCCGGCUUCCUCCAUUUCUUUCCCACUCAGACGCAAACUAUUGAACCGCUGCGACUGGAGGACAUUGUGAUGGCCGCCAUGGUACUGGGCUGUGGACACGCCCUCGCUGGGAUCUGCUUCCUGGGCGAACUGCUCCUCUAA